CUUCAGUAUGUUGUACGUAAACACAUGCAUUUUUAAACGGACUCAGCCAAGAUGGCGCGUGUUAAAGUUCUGUGUUUGUUAUCUAUACUCGUGCAAGUGAUAAAAGGCGAUAAGCCAUGUGCAGCGCGGGAUGUAGGUGGAGAGUCGGUGGUGUGUGUGUGCAAUGCUAGCUACUGCGACACUAUCACUCGGGUGUCUCCCGGCGAGGGAGAAUACGUCAUGUAUACUAGCUCACGGGCUGGAUCACGAUUCAAGAAAUCGUUUGGCAAAUUUAAAACGACAAACAAAGUGACAUGUCCCGUCACGUUUGUUGUGGAGCCGGGGACAAAACAUCAGACGAUCAAAGGUUUCGGGGCAGCCAUCACUGACUCCGCUGCUAUCAACUGGAUGAGUCUGUCACCCAAACUGAGGGAGAAAUUUAUUGAUACAUACUUUAGCGACAAAGGAAUAGAAUAUACUAUGCUGCGUGUACCUAUUGGCGGAACGGACUUCUCCACGCAUAAAUAUGCGUACAACGAACUGCCGAAGAAUGACAUUUUCCUAAGCAAUUUCAGUUUGUCCCAGGAAGAUUUUAAAUACAAGAUACCAAUGAUAAAACAAGCACUCGCAGCAUCAAGAGUUCCUCUGGAUGUUGUGGCGACGCUGUGGGCGCCGCCAUCUUGGAUGGUUGAGACCAGCAACUACACCACCUGCGGCAGGCUGCAGCUCAAGUAUUACAGCACCUUGGCCGACUACCAUUUGAAAUUUCUAGAACACUACGAAAGAGCUGGUAUUCGUAUUUGGGCGAUCACAACCACCAAUGAGCCCGCUAAUGGGUUCUUACCGCUGAAAAGGUUCAACUGCCUCGCCUGGACUCCUCAUCAUAUGGGAUUAUGGAUAGUCGGGCACUUGGGUCCAAAAAUCCGCGGGUCCAAGUUCCGCCAGGUCAAGAUUCUAGGUAUUGACGAUCAACGGCAUACUAUACCACUUUGGUUCAUUGCGACGAUGGAGGAGCACCCAGCACUCCUGUACUACUUGGAUGGUUUCGCCAUCCACGACUACAGCAACCUCUUCGCGCCACCGGAGCAGCUUACAUUGAUCACCAGACCUCACCCUGAGAAGUUCAUCUUGUCCACUGAGUUCUGUGAAGGAGCAACUCCUGGACAGGAACCUAAGGUGGAUUUAGGAUCGUGGACCAGACUACAGAGCUACAUAUCAAAUAUUCUCACCGACCUGAACUUCGACACAGUUGGCUGGUUAGACUGGAACAUUUGUCUGGACGAGCAAGGAGGCCCAGCGUGGAACGGAAACUUCGUGGAUUCUCCUGUCAUAGUGGCUCCUUUAAAGGGGGAGUUUUACAAGCAGCCGAUGUUCUAUGCCAUGGGACACGUCUCCAAGUUCAUACCUCGCGGGUCCCGCAGGAUCGAUGUUAGAACUGUGAAAUGUAACACGACUGCUGCACCUGAAUCCUUCUCGUUCGUCCAGCAGAAAGAAGUUAUACAGAGCGCUGCGUUUGUGACUCCGUACGAAACUGUCGUUGUUGUUCUUCAUAAUAAAGGCCCGGCCACAACUGUAGGUGUUCAACUUUGCAGUCAGCACGCUUCUAUCAAUAUUGAGGCAGAAUCCAUUGUCACUGUUGAAUUUAAUAAAAUGACUUAAAAAUGUCAAGAACUAAGAACAGAA